UCCAUUCCACUCCCGCUUGGCCGUGCUGCUCUCCUCGCCAUGGGACGCCACGGCCACGGGCGACGCAAUGGCCGCGCUCCCGCCCACGCCUCGGACUCGUCUCCUCCCGGCGGCGCUGUGCCACGUGCCGCUGCGCCGCCACCGUGUAUGCGUCGGGUUAUGCUCGGCGGCGCCGGCGGAUGAUGGCUGCGCCGAGCCGCCGGAUGUCGUUCUCGAGUGCAAGCGGCUGGACAGGCUCGUCAAGUCCGGGAGGCUGGCGGAUGCGCUCGACCUGUUCGACCGAAUGCCGCGGAAGAACGUCGUCGCGUGGACCUCGGUCAUGUCCGGGUGCACGCGCAACGGGCGCCCAGAGGAGGCCCUAGCGAUGUUCGCCGACAUGGUGGAGUCCGGAGUCGCGCCGAACGACUUCGCGUGCAACGCGGCGCUGGUGGCGUGCGCCGACCUGGGCGCGCUCCGGGCCGGGGAGCAGGUGCAUUCGCUCGCCGUCCGGGCGGGGUUCGCCGGCGAUGCUUGGAUUGGGGGCUGCUUGAUCGAAAUGUACUCGCGGUGCGGCUCCUUGCCGGCGGCCAAGGACGUGUUCGACCGGAUGGAGUCGCCGGACGUGGUUGGGUACACUUCGCUCAUCUCGGCAUACUGCCGGAACGGCGAGUUUGAGCCAAUGGCGGAGGCGUUGGGCCAGAUGAUGAGGCAGGGAUUGAAGCCAAAUGAGCACACGACGACGACCAUUUUGGCGGCAUGCCCCCGGGUUCUUGGUGAGCAGAUACACGGGUACUUGAUCAAGACAAUGGGCUUGCAAUCACAGAGCGUCUACUCAUCGACCGCCCUGAUCGAUUUCUAUUCAAGAAACGGUGAGUUUGGCCUUGCAAAGUCAGUCUUUGAGAGUCUCCACUGCAAGAACGUGGUGUCAUGGUGCUCCAUGAUGCAGCUACACAUCAGAGAUGGAAAGCUGGAAGAGGCAUUGCAAGUGUUCGUUGAUAUGAUUUCAGAAGGUGUUGAUCCUAACGAGUUUGCACUAUCAAUUGCUCUUGGGGCUUGCGGAUUCAUCGGUUUGGGGCGUCAACUGCACUGCUCGGCGAUCAAGCACAAUUUAAUUACAGAUAUCCGAGUGGCAAAUGCUCUACUGUCAAUGUAUGGUAGAACUGGUCUAGUCCAAGAACUGGAGACUGUGCUCAACAAGAUUGAAAAUCCUGAUCAUGUAAGCUGGACCACUGCUAUUUCUGCAAACUUCCAGAACGGUUUUGGUGACAAGGCCAUAGCAUUGCUCUGUCAGAUGCACUCGGAGGGAUUCACACCAAAUGACUACGCCUUCUCCAGCGUGCUGAGUUCUUGCGCUGACUUGGCAUCUCUGGAUCAAGGAAUGCAGCUCCAUUGCCUGGCUCUGAAACUGGGGUGUGACUCCAAAAUAUGCACCGGGAAUGCGCUUAUCAACAUGUACUCCAAGUGUGGUCAGAUUGGCUCUGCAAGGCUUGCAUUUGAUGUCAUGCAGAUUCACGAUGUUACAUCUUGGAACUCACUGAUUCAUGGCUAUGCGCAGCAUGGUGAUGCAAACCAGGCACUGGAGGCAUUCAGCAAGAUGUGUUCCAAUGGUGACAGACCAGACGAGUCAACAUUUUUGGGAGUCUUGAUGGGUUACAAUCACUCAGGUAUGGUAAAGCAAGGGGAGCUGUUCUUCAGACUGAUGAUCGACCGGUACAGCUUCGCGCCAACGCCUUCUCACUACGCCUGCAUGAUCGACAUGCUGGGCCGAAAUGGAAGGUUCCAUGAGGCUCUACUCAUGAUCAAUGGCAUGCCCUUCGAGCCUGAUGCCCUGACAUGGAAGACGCUACUGGCAUCGUGCAAGCUGCACAGGAAUCUGGACAUGGGGAAGCUUGCAGCAGACAAGCUGAUGGAGCUUUCAGGCACAGACUCUGCGAGCUACGUGCUGAUGUCGAGCAUCCACGCCAUGCACGGAGAAUGGGAGGACGCCGGGAAGGUGAGGAGGAGGAUGGACGAAACCGGCGUGAAGAAGGAUGCCGGCUGCAGCUGGAUUGAGAUCAAGAACGAGGUGCAUUCCUUUGCUGCAAGAGACAUGUCUCACCCUGACUCUGCGUCCAUAUACCAGAUGCUGGGUGAGCUUGUUUCUGUGAUGCUGAUGCAAAAUUCAGCCCACGAAAAUUUUGACGAACUCGAAUCGUUCGAUGUGCAUAUGCCGAUUUAGAUGCCAGAUAUUAAAGAAAGUUUUUCCUUUUCGAAUCAUGAUUUGGAUUCGCGUUAGAGUGACAGAUCGAGUCUUACUAAUUAUGAUGCAAAAGGAUUUCAGAUUUUUUUUUUGUCGGGCCGGUCCAACUAGGCCGGCCAAAUUUCAUUAAGAGAAAGGAGGGUAAG